UCGUUCGGGUAGACCUUUUUACGUAUUGUAUAUAAGAAUAACCUGAUAUACAUCAUAUUAUACGCACACGCAUGCAACCCUUUACUUGAGGGAGUAACGCGCUCGACUCGCGCGUUGUACAGGUAUGUCGCCGGUUUAAUGUUCCAUAGUGGAAAAGGAACGAGCCGGGGUGAUUCGGCUGACCUCGAUUGAUCGGUCCUAAAAAUUUUGUUAUUCUCUCAUCGGCUGCAGAACCACUUUUUCCCCACAUACGACCUUAUAUCAUUAUACAUAGGACUUCGACAUUUUAUGGUCUGUUUUAUUCUGCUUCGUACGCAGCGCUGAUACGCGUGUAAAACAUAUUAUACUCAUACGUUUACGUUGCACUCGUAUUGACAAAGGAUCAAUCCAGGGUCAGGUUUACACGGCGUUUGCUCUUCUAAGAUUCGCUAAUUAGGAGAGCCCGAGUAUAUCAGGUGCCUAUCUGCUCAGCUCGUUUAAUCAAAAAGUAAUUGAGACCAAUAUGAAUGUACAGCUGCACGUAUGUAUAAGUUCUCCUUAUAGAUUAUAUAUUCUCUUUUUAUUCAGACUUGCUUACAAGCUGCUGCAUCCGAGACCUUAUAAUACUAGAGCAAAGACCAGAUAAGCCAGAUUCCAGACUGCGAGUAUUUUAUAAUCGUUACAUACUAUACUUAUAGAAAAGGAAAUGGGAGAGACUCAUGGCAACCUUUUAUUCAAACAUCAAACCAAAGGACGACUCAUUUAUAAUGUGGAUAUAAUUUUCUCGUAUAUAAUUUAUUUCUCCUUAAUUGCUGUUACAUCGAGGGAUGAAAAUCAGAAAAUUACAACUUUCACUUGUUCUUUUGCUGUGCAGAACGAGAUCUCACUGCCAUCAAAGCGAAUCCUUCAAAAAAUGCAAAAGGUCUGAAAGAUUGCAUUUUCCGGUCCGAUUUUUUUUAUUAUUUCUAUUCGACGAGCGCUCGCUCAUUUUGCAUGAUUCGGCUGACGUAUGGGUGAACGCAUAAAUGUGUAUAUGUUUCGAUAAAAUAUUAGUGUUACGGACAAUUUAUCCUUGCGAUGUGGAUUAUUACGUGUCAUUAUUAUUAUAGUGUCGUCUAGUCGUAUGAGAUAAUUUAUACAACUAUUAAAUGAAAUUGGAUUGCCCGAAGAUCACAAUAUGAAGAUUAACUAUAAAUUAACAUCCUCAAUGAAUGAUUAAUAAUAGUUAUUAAAUCCUAAUUGCACGAUGCCAAUAUUCCUGUGUAAUUAUCGCACCGCUUCACCGCGUGUACGAAACAAAACUAAAAAAGUAAAUCAAUAAAAAUGCGCAGUCAACUCGACAGCGUAAUUCCAUAAAUUAUAAAAAUAAAGAAUACCCUAUCACGUAUGACUUUGAAUUCGUAAUCUGAUUUGACGGAAAAGAAUGUUAAUCAUUCUCAUUUUCCAGUAAAUUCAUACGGAAAAUAUGAUCCAUGAAAAGUCUACCCUUGAUUAUUGGUAUCCAAAACAAGCGUGACGAACGUGAAAAUUAUAAUCAUUCAAUAUAUUUGUUCAGAUUUCAAUAUUCUAUAGAUUUAACUGCUACUUUUUCAUUUUUUGUCCAGACGUGAAUUUAAUCAAAACGGUCAAUGAUUGCUGAAUGCACGAAUGUAAUAAUAAAUUUCUGGUUGGAAGCUCGAGAGCAAGGUUUUUUGGUGGACUUUUUGUUAUGCACGCGGAGACGAUCAAAAUAAAGAUAAAUUACCACAUAAAGCAGUCCAUGUAAAACUACUGGAAUUCAAUGACGAGAACAAAAUUUACUGCAAAGUCAUUGAGAAUUCGUGUAUAACAUUUUAUAAUGAAUCAAGUUGAAUUGUCAUUAUUUAUAUGUGUCGGAAAAGGUAUUUCAAUAUAGCACUGAGUCAUUACGUAAAAUGCAAAUAGGUAUAUGCAGUACGUAUGCAAACAUGGCAGGUGUUUGUAGUAAUGAGUCUCACAAUGAGAAUCAUUUUUCUGUAAGUACGUGCGACAAAGAAGAUAUAUGAUAAGUUGCUAUCUCCACAAUACCGAUGUAAUUCUCUGCGGUAAAAGUUAAACGCGGGUAGUUUUUUUCCGUACGUAUACGUAACAAUUUUAUACGUUCUAAAAAACAACGGAAAGAGAAAAAAACAAGGAAGUUAUAUAUGAGCAACGAGGCUCAAGUUUUUAGGUAUUGGCGUACAAAGUUUGCAUUGAUUGGCGAGGUAUUAAGGGGAAAGUAUAAUCGCAUUUUGUAUUCCGUAAGAGGAUGGGACAUUUGGUAGUUCGUACCACAAACGUCACCGGUCACGUGACAAACGUAAUCAGAUAUGGCGUCCGCGCACUGCUGAAAAGCAGACGAUAUUUCGCGGGCAGGUAUUUAACUGCGAAUAUUUUAUAUUGAUGGAUAUUUAAAAUUACAUAGUUUGUGUUAGUUUUGUGUUAUUCAGUGAGUCGGGCGCGAUGGUUUACGAUAUCAAAUGGAUAAUACCAAAGCUACGGAAUCCGACUAAAUUUUGGAAAUUCGCAAGUUCGAUUACAUUUGCAGCAGUGGGGAUUUUCUCCAAAUUCGUUCUAGAAUGGUUGAAUAAAACCAAGAUAUACAACAAACAUAUUAUAACAAGAGCUCUAGAUUGUCGACCACGGAAUGUACCUCUUAUUACCGUAUCCAACCAUCACAGCUGCUUUGAUGAUCCCGGAAUAUGGGCAACGCUGGACCUCCGUCACUUGAUAAACAGACGAGUAAUAAGGUGGUCCUUGGCAGCCCAUGACAUUUGCUUCACGAAUAUGUGGCAUUCCUACUUUUUCAUGCUUGGAAAAUGCGUGCCCGUCAUCAGAGGUGAAGGAGUUUACCAGGACAGCAUAAAUUUUUGCAUAGAAAAAUUGUCCUGCGGAGAAUGGGUGCACGUUUUCCCAGAGGGCAAAGUGAAUAUGGUUAAAGAAAAUAUGAGAUUAAAGUGGGGCGUGGGUAGACUCAUACUAGAAUCUCCAGUUACCCCAUUGGUGAUUCCUAUUUAUCACUUGGGAAUGGACGAUGUUCUACCAAACGAGCCUCCGUACAUGAUAAAAACUCGUAAAAAGGUCACCAUGAAUUAUGGUAACCCAAUUGACUUCAGCGAAAUGUUAACAAACCUUAGAUCGAGUAAAGCGGAUGAAGUCGAAGCUAGGAAAGCAAUCACCGAUCGUAUUCAAGAGGAACUUCUAAGACUACAAUCAGUGACGCAGAAACUUCAUGAGCAAUCUUGACCAAAGCCUGGCGGUUCUCGCCGUCACUCCAUCUAGCCACAAUUCGCCAAAAACCAUGUCAAUAGUAUGAACAAAAAGGAGGUACAGUGAUCAGUUAUGUAGAAGAACAUUUUUAUAAACGAACGAAAGAACUCAAGCAGAUGAAUUUAGAGCAAUGUGAUUCCGCCCUUCCAAAAUGCUAUCUGUAUGCUGUUACAAAUGUCCAUAGCAGGAUAUUACAUCAGAUAAGUAUACUCACCGAUUAAUCUAAUUGUCGAAUGACUUUUUUAUUGUAUGAAAAAAGCAGAGCAACAUGAAUAUCAGCCCAAAAUGUUAUCUAUAGGAAAACUUGAAUGGCGCUUUUUUAAUACAUCAUAAGUAAUUGCACGGGAUCAAAACUGUAGCAAAAAUAUCGAGUAUCCUAAUCGCGGUAAACGUAGAUAGAUGAAAUGAUGAAUAGGUAUACUAGGGUGGUCCUUGAUAGGGAUGUUUUGGAAUUUUUUGCGCUCCUAGGAGCUUCAAACACUUCCAAAUGGAUGAAAAAAAUUCUAAGAUAGUCCGCUUUGUGAUCCAAGUUUCUUACGAUAAUACCAUUGAACAAAAUCUUUUGUAUUUUGGUAUUUUAUAAAUCGUUGAUGAAUAUACUCUAUUAUUAUAGAGCGUUCAAUUUUUCAUAAAAAUAUGUCUACGCCAUUAUCGUAAAAGUGAAAGGUAAAUUCAUCAAUGACUUGUGAAAUUACAAAAUACAGCAGAGAAAUUUAUUUUCAUGAGAAACUUUGCUCCAAAAGUGGACUAUAGUAGAAUUGAGAUGAGAAGAUCACACUAUCGGGGAAUUGAUUUUAUCAAUUUGGGAACCUUUAAGCCUCCAGAAGUAUCAAAAUUCCAGGCCACCUCUAUUAGGGACCACUUUUCGGUAUAAACAUGAGAAUCACAGAAAAACCUGCUGAUUUUGUAAAACACGUUCCAAUGAUAUGAACGAAAAAUUUCCCCCAGCAUACUCCAUGCAAUACUAAACUGUAUAUACAUAUAUCAAGAUUUUGUGAUUAUGAUAGUAUGAAAGAUUCUAAGAAUAAUUUGAACCGUGUAUAAACUAAUACCCUCUUAUAUUUAUUGUAAAAAGGUCUGCCACUGUGUUUCAACUUAAAGUGUAUUAAAAGUCCUCUCUAAUCUCUUACAAAAUGAAAUGGUUGCAUCCCUACUCUGUAGUGAUCCAAUACUUUCCAGGUUUUCAGGUAAUUCGAUUCAGGAACUCAUGUUUUUAAUAGUUGAACUUAGUUCUAAUAAAUUUUACACUAUAUCAUUGGGUGUGACGCUUGGAUGAAAAUGAUCGCAGAGAUUAUAAUUCUUUCUUAUUAACAUUGUUAUCUUGUUAAUAAAUAUAGACAAGUAAUUUUCAAAAGUUUUUCAUUUGGACUGAGAAUUCUACUCACGUUUUGUUUUUUUUUUUUUUUUUUUACAAAACUCGAUCGACACCUAUCGGAUUCUAAAGUGUCUACUCAAAAAAGUAUAAAACGAAACAUAGAGAUGUGAUUAUGAUUCUGUAUUUACAAUCAAACGAACUUUUUAGGAAUCAAUUGUUAUAUUAUACAUUUGUUAAUAUUCACAAAUAAGUUAUACAGCACAUAGAUUUUUACUGCAAUUUAGAAAUAGACACUGUUAUACAUAUUAUUACAAAUACAGGUGUUGGUUCGGUGAAACAUACAGGUGAACAGUGAUGGAGACAUUCAUCAACUACUCUUCAGAAUUCAGUAUUAGAAUACAAUAGAUCGUGAGAUUGUCCAAUAAAAAAACUCCAUUCUCUUCAUUUUUUUUUUUUUGGUUUAAAAUCAGUCACCGUGAUUAUAAGUAUGUCCAGCAUUGAAAUAUGUGUACAUAUAUAUAGAUAUACUUUUUUUUAUCCAUCGAUUAAUGAAAUUAUGAGAUAUAGCGGUGCAUUUUGAUCGGAAGUGCUGUUCUACAGCUGUGCUGAUUAUAGACUACGAUUCUAUGAUAGAUGCACAAAUCUAAUUGAAUUGAGUGUUUUUAUUUUUCUUUGAUAGAUUGAAAAUUCCUUCCAUUAGCAUCGAUUUAAAUAAAACAGAAUAUUUAUACAUACGAAUGUAAAAAAUAUAAGAAAAAUAUCAACACCUAGUGCUUGAACUUUAGCUAUAAGCUAUCAUGCAAGAUCGAAAAUAGACUUUGAAUAGACAGAACAAAAAACUCCAACAAUAUGCUUUAAUCAAACAAAGGAAAAACCUGAGUAUAAAGCUACCAGUUCGUUUUUAACGAGCUAAAUAACAAGUAACCAUAGAUAAAACAAAGACUCACCGAUUCGCCCUAAAUAUUUCAGUCGCAAAGAUAAUUUCAAAUAAACAUAUCAAAGUAUGAAUGAA